GAGGAAUUGAGUCUACACAAACUUCGAUAAUGUCAGGUGAACAACAACAACCACAUGGAUCUUCUCCCGGAUCGUGGCACUAGGAUGUGUUGUACGAAGAAGUUAUGCUGUGCGAGGCCCUCUAUCUCUGGUCCACAUUGACACCAAUCACAAACUCAUAAGGUACAAUAUUGUGGUCUUCGGUGGAGUAGAUGGCUACUCAAGAAAGAUCAUGUACUUGAAUGCUGCAACAAAUAAAGCAGCAACUGCAUUCUCAUUCUUCAUGAGAUCAACCCAGCUCCAUGGCUUACCAUCCAGGGUAAGAGGGGAUCAGGGUGUCGAAAAUGUAGACAUCGCACGCUACAUGUUUGCCACAAGGGGAACAGGAAGAGCAAGCUUCAUCUCUGGAAAGAGCGUACACAACCAGAGAAUAGAGCGACUUUGGCGUGACGUCUGGGUUGCAGUUACUUGCAAGUACCAUGAUGUCCUGCAUUCUCUAGAGGAAGAUGGUCUGCUUGAUAUCUCUGAUGUGGUACACCUCUUUGGUGUGCACUACAUCUUUGUCCCUCGACUCCAGGCCGACCUUGACACCUUCAUCAGAGGAUGGGAUAAUCAUACUCUACGGACAGAAGGAGGUCUCACUCCCGAACAGCUGUGGUGUAUGGGACAUCUACAAGAUCUGGAUGAAGGGGAAAGACUUGAGGAACUUCAAGACCCAGACAUCGACUGGGAGAGUGUCAUACUGCAAGAGGGCUCUAAUGGAGCAGUUGUGGUUCCUGAAAUGGAAUGCCCACUGGAUGAUGAAGCCCUGGAGGAACUUCAGAGAACUGUUGAUCCUCUGGGACAUUCUCAGUCACAUGGUUGUGACUUAUACAUGCAGUUCUUGCACAAGGUGUCUGACAUUACAACAUCAGUAAAAACAUAACUGGAACUUUGUUUUACAGACAUUCAAGAGGUUUUCCAACAAGUGCACAUUAAAAAUCCUGUAUGAAGU